AUGCGUGUUUUAGUAUUUCCACCUGUGUUGCAUAGUGGGCAAAUCCAUUCUAUAGAUAUUAACAAGGAUAAUAGUAAGAUAUUGACCAGUGGAUUAGACAAAGAGAUCAAUGUAUGGAAAUUACAAGAAUUUGUACAAUUAACCACGGAAGGCAAAGAUACAGUUAAAGAUGAUAUAGAGAAUGUGAAGCCAGUAUUACAUGUAACAACUCAUGAAGAUCUUGUCAAUAUUGUCAAAUGGUGUCCUCAAAAGGAGAAUGUGUUCGUUUCUGGAGAUAUUCAAGGAAAGGUUUACAUGCAUGAUAUUUCGAAAGAUACCCACGAGUUAAUUUUUCCAUUCGAAUCGAAAGAAGACGGCACCUCGAGGGUUGUGGACUUAGCGUGGUCAAAUGAUGGUAGAAUGUUGGCGUGGAGUAGUGCUGAUUGCAAGAUUCAUAUAUACGAUACGGAGAAAGCCACUUACCAGGAACUUACAUCUUUAUCGAACCUCGAGAAGCUAACAGUACAAAGAAGUAUAGCGUUCGAUCCUACUAAUAAUUAUUUGAUUUCUAUGGGAGAUGACACUCUGAUAUACUUGUAUCAAUACCAAUAUAUAGAGCCCACGGCUAGAAAUUAUCAAUUUCGCUUGAUUAAUAGAAUAUCGAAAUUGAUCAACAAAACAUCGAUGAAUGUUGAUUAUAAAAGAAUUUCGUGGUCGCCUGAUGGAGAGUAUGUUUCGGUGCCAACAGCCUCCAAGAACCAAACAUCCUUAAUAUCGUUGUUGUCACGUUCUAAUGGAUGGAAUAACAUAUUGAGCUUGGUGGGCCAUAACUUGGACUGUGAAGUUGUACAGUACAAUCCGAUGAUUUAUAAUUCUAGUGAGAAUAGUGAUAAUCCAAAAUUAUUUAAUGUGAUUGCUACAGCAGGCUCUGAUAUGACAUUAGUAGUAUGGAAUACGACCAAAGACAAGCCUAUAUUUAUAUUAAAAGAAAUAUCCAAAAAACCAAUAGUAGACCUUUGUUGGGAUAAAACGGGUAACUCGUUGUUUGUGGCAUCUUUAGAUGGCCAUUUAAGUAUUGUUUCUUUUCAUCCACAAGAAUUGGGAAAUACUGUUUCCCAGGAAUUGUGGAAGGAAUUGUUUGAAACGGGUAAAGCAAGUAUUAAACCAUUCAACGAGAAACCUGAUCAGGACACAACACCAAGCACGAAAAAGAGCAGCCAUAAUGUAAUAGAUAUUCUCGAUCAAAAAAAUUCUAUUAAUGUGCAUGAAGCGAAAGCAAAAAUAUCUACAGACGGUAUUAAGGAAUCAUUAAGUCUAGCUCCAGAAGAGGAAAAUGUUGACACCGAAAGCGCAUUGAAACAAGAUUUGCAGAUUAAUGAUAAGCAAGUAACAAAUUUUGUGCCCGAAGUUAUACCUGCAAUCAUUGAGGAUGCACCUGAAACUCAGACUGAAGAUAUAUUGCACUCAGCAAUGAGUACGACUAGAUCCACAAAAUCUCAAGUGAAAAAUCCGAAAGAAAAGCCAGCAAAAGUAACUCCGGAGAAGGCAAAGGUAACAACUAAGAACGGAAAGAAAAGAAUCCAACCAAUGCUAAUUUCCUCCACGAAUGAAAAUAAUAGUAACAAUGCUGUGAAAAAAUUAAACACUUCAGAAUCAAAUGGAACAUCUAGCUUGGUCUCUUCGGGGAAAGUAUUAAUGGAAUUUGAUAAACCAUCGUAUUCAAUAUCAGAUGAUUUAUACAAACAAAAUAAGAGAAAUAAGAUUCAAGAUGAAAACUCCAACAAAAAACUAAAACGUGAAUUGGAACCUGUAAAGUUUAUUGGAUCAGUAGUUUUAAAUCCUAGCACUACAUUUGCUAGGAUAAGGCUUUCUAUUCCGAAGGUUCGUUUGAAUUUUCAAUUAUCGAGCACAGUAGAAGAUAAUUCAUUUAUUCUUGAUGUAAAGAAUGGUUUGGGAAAUGAAACAAAACCGUCUCGUAUUACAUACUUCAAGAAAGAGAAACAAAUCUGGUGUGAUUUCAUUCCACGUUUCAUUCAACUCGUAGCAGAAGGAUCAACAUUCUGGGCGGUCAGUACUGCUGAUGGACAAAUACUCACUUAUUCACAUACUUCUGGUAAAAAAUUACUACCUCCAAUUAUUCUUGGAUCCCCAUUAUCAUUUUUGGAAAGUCAUGGGAAUUUUUUGAUGGCUGUUACCUCAAUAGGUGAAUUAUACGUUUGGAAUAUUGAGCAGAAAAAGAUUCAUUUACAAUCACCUCUGUCAUUGAGUUCAUUGCUUGAUUUAUCAAAUAAAUAUCAGGAAGAUGGAUUAUCUAAGUCCGACAAUAUAACUAUGUGCUCAAUAAGUAAUAACGGAAUACCUUUAAUUACAUUAUCUAAUGGCGCAGGUUAUUUGUUUAAUAAAGAUUUGGGCACUUGGCAAACGAUUUCUGAAUCUUGGUGGGCAUUUGGAUCUCAUUAUUGGGAUUCAUUAGGUAAUGAUGAUGGGUCGAAACCACAAUCAUACGGCCUUUUUGGUGACAGUAAUGACUCCUCUAUAGUCGGACUAUUAGAACAGAAAACGAAUGAGCUGAUUUUAAGGAAAACAAGAGCUGGAAGAGGAAAAUAUUUUAAUAAAAUUUCUAAAAAUAUGUUAAUGAAAGAGGGUUUUGAAAACUUAGAAAAUACUAUAUCAUUAAGUCAUUUGGAGAAUAGGAUAUUGUGCUGUGAAUUAUUGGGUGAAUUCAAAGAUUUUCACGAUUUCUUUAUAAUUUAUGUGAAAAGAAUAUGUGAAUUAGGAUUCAAAGCCAAAUUGUUUGAAGUCUGCGAUCAAUUACUAGGUCCUUCCGAACCAAAUAGUGCAACUACUAGAGAUGGUGAAGUAAACUGGAAUCAGGAAAUUUGUGGAAUCAGUAAGCAUGAUUUAUUAAAAGAAGUGAUCCUUUCAUGUGCUAAGAAUAGAGACUGUCAAAGAAUAUUGAUCCAUUUUGGCAAAAAGAUUGGAGUAAUCGAUAUUGAUGAAUUUAAUUAA